AUGGCAGGCUCAUUCCUAGCUUAUGAAGAGCCUUCUAGCAAUCGUCCUGAUCCUGGACCCAUCAUCGUCGGCAUCAUCUAUGGCAUGCCUCUGGCCGAUAUCCUUCUUGAGAUCUGGCAAGAGACCUUCCUUGCAAUUGGCUACAUCGGUCUCAUCCUUAUCAUCUUCGAGGGUGGUCUCACGUCGCGCAUGGAUCUGCUCAAACAGAAUUUCUUCCUGAGCAUGCUCGCCGCAGCCACGGGCGUUCUCUUUCCCAUCGGGUUGUCAUACUUGCUUCUGUAUCUCGGCUUUGGUUACGGCGCUGUUGAAACUUUCAUUAUCGGUGCUGCCCUGUCAACAACCAGUCUCGGAACAACAUUCGCUGUCAUAGGAGGCGCAAGCAAGGACAUUGAUCUCUCACAAACCCGUGUCGGCACAGUACUGGUCAGUGCGGCCGUUAUCGAUGAUGUGUCAGGCCUCGUCAUGUCAAGUGUCAUCCACGAUCUUGGAUCCAUUUCUGGAGGCGGAGAUGUCAACCUUGGAUGGCUUAUUGGAAGACCGAUACUUGCAUCUUUCCUGAUGGCCGCACUGACUCCUCUAAUAUGCAAGUACAUCGUUGCGCCACUUUUCCGCCGCUAUAUCGAACACCACUUUGCGCGCUUCGAUCAUCUGUCCAAUGUUGUCCUGAUGGUACUGAUUCUCUGCGCUUUCAUCUCAAUCGCCGCUUAUGCAGGCACAAGUGUACUGUUCGGUGCAUUCCUUGCCGGAUCAUUCCUGACCUACCUUCCGUCAAAGCAUCCUGAGGGUCCAUUUGUCGUGUACUCUCGAGAGCACGGCGAACAGAACGAUGACAAGAGUCCCACCUUCGUCCAUACCUUCGAAAAGUACUUCUCUGAUGUCCAGAAGUAUCUCAUGGAGCCUUUGUUCUUCGCAAGUAUUGGUUUCGCUAUUCCUUUCAUCGACCUCUGGACUGGGACGGCCAUUUGGCACGGCAUCGUCGUUGUCGGCGUCUGGAUCCCUCUGUGGGACAUUCUGACCAAGCCGAAGGUGGACGGGCCAUCGUCAUCGCUUUCAGAAGUUCUGCCCUCCGCCGGUCUUCUUGGUUUUGCCAUGGUGGCUCGCGGUGAAAUCGGUCUGCUCAUUGUUGAGAUUGGAUACAACUCUACGCCCUACGUGAGUGACGCAGGAUUCCACACUGCCGUUUGGGCUAUUCUGCUCAACACUAUCAUUGGUCCAAUGGUUGUUGGCUUGCUUAUCAAGUUCAGAGGCAAGGCCAUUGGAAAUGGUCAUUGGGGUAUUCAGAGCGGCGAAAAUAAUGGAGGCCAUGAAAAGUCACAGCCUGAGCAUGAUCAGGCACUAGAGGAAGGCCAAGUCCCGAUGCAAUAA